AAUAACUGGCGUUGUACAUGUAAACAAUUCAGUGUCAGCUGCUGCACCAUGGCCGCUGGUGAGGAAACGGUUCAAAUCUUUGAACUCAAAGAUGCCCGAAUGGUACCUGAUCCUUUUCAUCCAUACGAUAUAAGUUACAAAGGACUUCCUCUCAUAAUUGAUAAUGGGUCGUAUCACUGUCGUGUAGGAUGGGCAACUGAUAAGGAGCCAAGAAUUGUGUUUCGGAACUGCUAUGCCAAGCACAGAAAAGACAGGGGGAAAAAACUUGCUGCGGAGACUGAAGUGUUAGUUGCAAAUGAAAUAGGAAAUAUUGAGGCUGUGAGAUUCCAGUUAAAGUCCCCCCAUGAUGAUAAUGUUGUCACACACUAUGAAGCUCAGGAGACCAUGUUUGACUAUACGUUCUCUCACCUGGGCAUCAACACAACACAGGUGGACCAUCCAAUUAUCCUGACGGAAGCAUUUUGCAAUCCCAACUACUCGAGACAAUUAAUGUCAGAGCUUCUGUUCGAGUGUUAUGGAAUCCCAAGUGUGUCUUACUGUGUCGAUGGCCUGUUGAGUUAUCACCGAAAUAACCCAAAGAAACAUGAUGGACUCCUUGUCAACAUUGGUAAUUGCACAACACAUGUUAUCCCAAUCUUAGAUGGCUAUGCUGAUCCCGCAAGCUCACGUAGAAUAAGAAUGGGAGGUCUUCACCUGACAAAAUUCUUGUGGCGAUGGCUGCAGCUGAGGUUCCCUUUACAUCUCAAUGCUAUUACUUUAUCACGAGCAGAGGAAAUUCUACACAGUCAUAUGUAUGUUGCUGACGAUUAUAUGUCUGCAAUAUCCAUGUGGUCAAAUGUCAGUUACUACGAAAAAUACGUCAGAAGAAUUCAGCUUCCUUUUGUGGCUGCACCAGUGAGCACUGUGUCGGUGGAACAGCAGAGAGAGCGUCGUAAAGAGGCAGCAAGGAGACUUGUGGAGUUAAAUGCCAAGAAAAGAGAAGAAAAGCUGAUGGAGGAUGAAGCAGAACUAACUCGCCUAAUAGAGUUAGUGGAAGCCAUGGAGGAGUUUACACCAGACGAGCCCGAGUAUCAACAUGCUCUGGAGGAAGCAGAAGUCACAUCCCCAGAUGAUCUAACCAAAAAGAUCACACUGUUGCAUCAAAAGAUUGAGAAGACACGUCAGAAAAUGGCUCAGGCAACCUCAGCUGCUGCUGAGGAGGAGGAACCUAAGCCAAAGAGAGUGUGUGAAGAUAUAAAUCCUAAGAAGAAGGCAGAUUUGGAGCAGUGGGUUGAGGAGGUCAAGCAACAGUGGCGGGAUAUUCAGGCCCGUCGGGCAGCCAGAAGACACAAGAGACAGGAAAUGGCGAAACGCCGCACAGCAGCAUCACAAGAGAGAAUGCGUAUUAUUUCGCAGCUUGCAAGAAGAGAAAAGAAAGAUGAUAACUUUGGAAUGAGGGACGAGGAUUGGGAUGUAUACAAGGCGAUAAACAAGGAGGGCGGAGGGUCAGACAGUGAGGAAGAAAAUGAAAAAUUACAAGAGCUAGAAUCAGCCUUACGGCAGCACAGUCCUGAGUUCUUGGGAGACAGCACUGCCAGCAAGCCCACUUCAGUUGCUGAGAACUACCAGAUUCAGCUCUCGACUGAACAGAUUAGAAUUGGGGAGCUCCUCUUCCAGCCGUACAUGUAUGGGCUUGAACAGGGUGGCAUAACAUCCACUAUUCAGUAUGUUUUGGGUUUAUUUGACUCCGAUACUCAAAAUAGACUAGUGAGCAAUGUUUUCCUUACUGGCGGCCCUUCAUCAAUACCAGGACUGAAGCCAAGAAUAGAGAGGGAACUCCUGGCCAUGAGACCGUUCCAGUCACAUUUCAGCGUUAGUCUUGCUGAGAAUCCAAUUUUGGAUCCUUGGUAUGGAGCUCGGGACACAGUAGAAGAUCUUGUAGCUGUGGGGCUCACCAGAGCGGAUUAUCUGGAGCACGGAGGAGACAGAGUGAGAUAUCACAAGGAUGGUAAUAUGUUUUGGGCCUCACUAACUCCAGUGGUCCUCGAGUCAGCACCAGGAUCAACAGUCCCAAGUAAAGAAACUACUCCAGCACCUGAAGCCAAGCCAGUACCAGAGGGCAUAUUUUCUACUGAUGUCUCGACUACAGAACCUGCGGGAGACUCUUCUUCCAGUUAAAGUGGUGAAAAGAUCUGGAACUGAAGUCGUUUCCUAAGCAGAGGAAGCAGGGAAGGAAUCUGGUUUGUGCUUCUGGCUGGAAGAUAGGAGCAUACAGUGAAGACUGGUAGCAACAGUCAGCCGAAGACAAUUGUGUGUGCUGGCAGAGCAGGAGGGUGGCUCAAAGGCAGAGGACACCAAGAGUGAAGAGUGGCAAUGGAAGGGCAGGGAAAAUGGAUUGUAAUUAUCAAAAGAAGGCAUCAAGUUGGGAAGACAAUGUAGCAACAUCUGUGUUGCAGGAUUUUCAAAUGGUGCUAAAUACUGCUCGGGAUGGUAAUACUGAGGGACAAGUGACCUAGGCCAUUAGAAAACCAAAAUGAACAUCCUGAUAGUGUCCAACUAAGUGGGAUAAUGCAGUUUGGACAAAACAGGAGCAGGAUGUUAUUCUAUUAAGUGUAUGAAUUAAGCAGCUGUGACUAAUAUGUAAUCUAGCCAAAGCCAUUCCCAUUGUCUGUUAUGGUGACAAAGGCAGGACUGCUUGGAUGAGUCAGGGUAAGGGAAGGGAGGUAGAUGUGUGUGUGUGUGGACGAGGGGAUGGGGGGGGCAGCAAGACCCUCGUGACAGACGGCACAGGGGCAGAAGGUUGUCCUAAUAAUUAAAGACAAGUUAUGUAUUAUACACCUCAACCAGUGAGGUGUCACAGGCAAGCCAAGCGCCUUCAACAAGUGAGGCGCAAGCAAGCGCCUUCAAC